AUGGCGUCUAAAUUCAGUCUUGGCUCAAUAGAGGGCGUCGUUUGUGAAGAAGUCGACUGCGACUCUUUUACUGAUGUGACGUUCUACGUGAAGGAGAAGAAGAAGCUUUGCCAUGACUGUGCCUUGAAGAAAGAAUGCAUCGGUAUAGCACGAAAAGGUGGGCUUGUUCUUUAUUGCGAAAAACACGAUAAAAUCAUGGAUCUAUACUGCAAAAGUCACGAUAAAGCUUUGUGCGUUUCAUGCGCGAUGAUAGAUCAUCAUGGGCAACACUGCAUACGUCAGGAUAUAGAGGACGCCCUCCUUGAAAUCAAGGCAAAUCUCUGCAUCCUUACGAAAACAGCGAUGGACAAAUUAGAACUAUGUCGAGUUUAUGGAAAGCAGAUUUGUCAAAGUAGACCAACCGCCGACGAACAUUUGCAAACUAUUGAGAAUGAAGUUGACUCCGAAGUCGUAAAGGCUUUUGAAAGAGACAGGGCCAGGGAAAGUGAAUAUGAUGAUAAAAUCGACAAGGAAAUCGAUGCGAGAAAUCAAAAACUCCAGGAGGAGAUUUUAAGGAUCCAGAAUAAAAUUAAAAGGAACAAUGAGGAGAGAAUGAAGCGGCAUGAAGAAAACAGUUCAAAUGCAGAGAAAAGACGACAACUGAUAAGUGAUAAACAACGCAUUCUUCAUGCUGACAUUCAGCACGUCGCUCAAGAGAUCGAGAGAAAGAUUGGAGAGCUUGAGAAAUCAUGGCAAGACGAUACAAAAUCAAUAGAGAAAGCAAAAGAGACACUGGACAGAAUUCUUGAAGACGAUAAAAAUAUUGUCAGAGAUGGACUUUGUGUGCAUGCAUCAGUGAGUGAGGAACUAAAGAAGCAACUGAAUGAGGGUGAGGUGAAAGAAAUAAAUCGUGUUGUAUCAGGUGUGAGAUUUGUUAAGGGUGUUGGGAGAGAGAAGUAUGAUGGAAGAAUUGAUGGGUAUGAUGGAGAGUGGAAGCUCAUCGAUACAAUCAAUGUCAAAGAUAAAUUAACAUUCCCGCGCAUUGUUGGAUGUAUAGACAAGGCGAUGGUCAGAGAUGCAACAAUUGAUAGGCAUACCUACAUGUUAGAUCUUUCCAGCAAAGGCACUCAGAGAGUCAUCAAUGGCUGUGAGACAUCAUGGGUUUUCUCAUGUGCAACUUUGAAUGAUGACAAGGUAGUCUGUGGUAGAUACAUCAAAGGUUGUAGAGGACGCAAUUUACCUGGAUGCAUCAGUAUAUACGACAGACAGUGGAAUCAUAUCAAUGAUGUCACAAUACCAAGGAACACAAUGCAUAAUGACACAUGGGUGCAUGUAGCAACUGACCAGGAUGGGAUGAUCAUCGCUGCUGAAUCGGGUCAGUCUAAGAUAUACGUCAUCAACCCAGCUGAUGGUAAGAUUAUCAGUACCAUCAAGUGUAAAGAGAAGAUAGCAAUGCGAGAUGUGCUGUCAUCAGGUCACAUCAUCGCUCAACCAUGGCCAAGAGAUCGCAAAGCGUUCAUCAUCGACAGACGGGGUACCCAAAAGAAUAUCCCCCAUAGUGAUGUCAUCUUGAAUGUGUGUGUUGAUAGUAUGACAGACGACCUCUACGUCGUGACAUCAAAUGAUGAGUACAAGACGUGUGUGAUUGAUCAGGUGAUGAGUGAGGGUGAUAUGGAGAAGAGAAGAGUAGCAUCAUUCCCUUUAUCAAAUACACUGCGGUAUGGAUCCAGUCAUCUUGUCGCAUCCAGUGUGAUAAUGACGUCAUCGGGGAACAUGGUAGCAUGUGAUGGGGAAAAUGUUCUCAUAUUCAAAAAUCUAUUUAUCCUCUAG